AUGUCUACAUCACCGACAUACCCUCGCCUCCCCUCCAAAUUGAUCCUCACAUCCACAAAGGCCUACUUCUCCCCCUCCCGCACCGUCGCGUACCUGGCCUCCCUGCUCGACCCAGCCAACAACAUCCUCCCGCUCCUCGAGCGGCACAGCGCCGACGUGCUCUUCGUUCUCAUCCCGGACUUUCUCACCAUCUACCCGUGCGCACAGACUCUGAGCGCACAGUUCUCCUCCGCUGCUGAUCCUGGCGGGAGAGAUGUUGCCUCCAGACCUCCUUUCCUACCAGAGGACAAAGACCUAGACACGUCGUCGUGGCCCAUCGCCCUCGGCGCGCAAAACGUCUACCCGUCCACCACCUACGGCGCCUUCACGGGCGAGAUCGUCGUCCCAGGUAUCAAGCAGCUGGGCUGCUCCGUCGUCGAGCUCAACCACGCCGAGCGCCGGCGGUACCUGGGCGAGGACGACGCCACCGCGGCGGCAAAGGCUGCCGCCGUCAGCGCCGCCCACAUGGUGCCCCUGGUCUGUAUCGGCGAGCUGGACAAGCCCGACCUCCGCGGCCCGCUGAGCCAGUCCGUCGGCGUCGCCAUGGCCCAGCUGCGCCCGCAGAUCCAGUCCGUCUUGACCGCCGUCCCGCACCACGCCCCCGUCAUUUUCGCCUACGAGCCCGUCUGGGCCAUUGGCGCCGCCGAGCCCGCCGGCGUCGAGUACGUCGGUCCGGUGGUCCAGGCGAUCCGGGAGCUCGCGAGGCAGAUCGUGCCGCAGCGAACGGCCGAGGUCAAGGUCGUUUAUGGGGGCAGCGCGGGCCCAGGGCUUUGGAGUGGGAAGACCAAUGGAGGGGACGGGCUGGGCAAAUGGGUCGACGGCUUGUUUCUGGGGAGGUUUGCCCAUGACAUCUCGGGUGUCCGAGGAGUCGUGGAAGAAGUCGUCGACAGUCUGGAAACGAGGUGA